AUGACAAACGAUCUGGUGUCGGGAUCUAUUGCCCAAUCGUCCUCUUCGAUAGGCUUUCAUGGAGAUACAUCUGAACAUCAAGUUUCCGACUUGUCUUCCUUGUAUGACUAUUCGAUGAAGUCGGAUCCUCAAAUCCUACUAAUCCUAGUUGGCUUACCUGGUUCCGGAAAGACGACAUUCUCAGAAGCAUUAGCAAGCCAAUCACGAGAGAUCACGAAUGACCAUCAACAAGUAGAGCAGAAGAAUCAGAAGGUCAGACGAUGGAUAAGGGCAUCUCAGGACGAAGCGCCAAAUCGAAGGAGACAAGAAUGUGAAUCUAGAGUCAAAUGGGGAUUGGAUAGUGGAUAUAACGUAGUUGUUGAUAGAGUAGAUUUCGAUCCUGUUCAAAGAAGUCAUUUCAUCUCAAUUGCAGAUACGUAUACACCCAAACCCAAGAUAUACUGUUUAAUCUUAAUUGUAUCGAAUAUAACAUUAGAGAAAAGGUUGCUCAAUAGACCUGAUCAUCCCACUAUACCAAAUUUCGAAACUGGUUUAAGGGUACUUCGUCAGAUGGGUCCUCAAUAUCAACCUCCUUCAUGUGAACAAGGUGGAAGUGAAGGAUUUGAUAAGAUUCUAGAACUACAAGAAAUCGAUCAACCUCUUCAAGGUAUUUGGACGGCCAAUGAUAUUCAACGAGUUUUAGAGAGAAUAGAGUUUCAAGGGAGAAAUGAAAUUGGUCAUAGAAUGAUUAUACCGUCCACAACAAAUGUAAUCCAUAGAGGAAGAGGAAAUGGAAGAGGUCAAUGGACAAGAGGAAGGGGUACAUCCACCACAGGUUGGAAUGAUCGAAGAGGAAAUGAUUGGAGUAGAGGAAGAGGCGGAAUAUAUUCGAAUUCAAAUAUUAGUUAUCCCUCAAGUGCAGGUGAAGAGACACUUACAAUGAAUGAAAAUUCAAAUUGGAUAAGAAGCAAGCCAUCAGAGACAGCAGAAACGAUCGAUGGACCUAGGCAAGGGAGCGGCUAUGGUCAUAGCCACGAUCAACCUAAUAGCCAUAGGAAUUACCAGCCUCAAAGACUCGGCAAACAAUGUGAUGAUCAACCAUAUAUAAUUCCGCAAUAUCCAAGCCAGCCUGCCAAUCCACCUACUGAGCGCACGAAUUCAUUCAACAAUUAG